CCACAAUGACGGCAGAAGAGACAGUGAAUGUAAAGGAGGCUGAAAUAGUCAAACUGAUACUGGAUUUUUUGAAUUCAAGAAAACUUCAUAUCAGUAUGCUGGCUCUGGAGAAAGAAAGUGGAGUAAUUAACGGGCUGUUCUCAGAUGAUAUGCUUUUCUUAAGGCAGUUGAUCCUUGAUGGUCAGUGGGAUGAGGUACUUCAGUUCAUCCAGCCUCUUGAGUGUAUGGACAAAUUUGACAAGAAAAGGUUUCGCUAUAUCAUCCUGAAGCAGAAGUUUUUAGAGGCCUUGUGUGUCAAUAAUGCAAUGUCUGCAGAAGAUGAACCUCAGCAUUUGGAAUUUACAAUGCAAGAGGCUGUGCAGUGCCUACAUGCUCUAGAAGAAUAUUGUCCUUCUAAAGAAGACUACAGCAAAUUGUGUUUACUUCUCACAUUGCCUCGUCUUACCAACCACGCGGAAUUCAAAGACUGGAACCCCAGCACUGCCCGAGUUCACUGUUUUGAAGAGGCUUGUGUCAUGGUGGCAGAGUUUAUUCCUGCUGAUCGAAAACUAAGUGAGGCUGGCUUUAAAGCAAGCAACAAUCGUUUAUUUCAGCUGGUGAUGAAGGGGCUACUGUAUGAAUGUUGUGUGGAGUUCUGUCAGAGCAAAGCAACAGGAGAGGAGAUUACAGAGAGUGAAGUGUUGCUCGGCAUUGAUCUUUUGUGUGGUAAUGGGUGUGAUGACUUGGACCUUAGCUUGUUGUCAUGGCUUCAGAAUCUGCCCUCUACUGUGUUUUCUUGUGCUUUUGAACAAAAGAUGCUUAACAUUCAUGUUGAUAAACUCUUAAAACCUACAAAAGCUGCCUAUGCUGACCUUUUGACACCCCUUAUCAGCAAACUUUCUCCUUACCCAUCUUCCCCCAUGAGAAGGCCUCAAUCUGCUGAUGCUUAUAUGACCCGUUCCUUAAAUCCUGCUUUAGAUGGACUCUCGUGUGGAUUAACAAAUCAUGAUAAGCGCAUCACAGACCUUGGAACAAAAACAUCUCCUAUGUCCCAUUCUUUUGCUAACUUCCAUUACCCAGGAGUACAGAAUCUUACUCGAAGUCUAAUGCUGGAGAACACAGACUGCCACAGCAUUUAUGAAGAGUCACCUGAACGAAGUGAAACUCCUGUGGAUUCCCAGCACUCCUCUGUCAAUGAGACCAUGUGCCAGAACUCAGACCUGGGCAAAGAGCCAGUAAAUGGAGCACAGAAUCAAGGACCAGUCAACCAAGAAAAAAAUGAGCUUCGUGAUUCAACAGAGCAAUUUCAGGAAUAUUACAGACAGCGGCUGCGAUAUCAGCAGCAUUUAGAGCAGAAGGAGCAACAACGACAACUGUAUCAGCAAAUGUUGUUAGAAGGAGGGGUAAACCAGGAAGAUGGUCCAGACCAACAGCAGAAUCUUACAGAGCAAUUUCUUAACAGGUCUAUUCAGAAGCUGGGGGAAUUAAACAUGGGUAUGGACAGUCUGGGAAAUGAUGUCCAGACACUAAACCAGCAUUGCAAUGGGAGCAAAGGAACUGUAUCCAGCCCUCCAGAUUCUAGUCAGAGAAUAGCAAAUGAUAACACAAACAUUAAUACAAGCACACCUUGUAAACUUGGCUCUACCACUCAGAUAGCCUCACUUGAAGACUCACCUAUCCAUGGAAAUCAAACAAUAUCAGAGCAUGUUGCCAUUCAGGCACAACAUGAAGAUUCUCUGGGGAAUCUUGCAAGAACAAGAGGUGAGCAAGAUGACAAAUCAGCAAAGCAGUUCAUUUGUAUCAAUACCUUAGAAGACACACAGGCAGUUAGAGCUGUGGCUUUUCAUCCGAGUGGCACUAUGUAUGCUGUUGGCUCCAAUUCGAAAACCUUGCGAGUGUGUGCCUAUCCAGACCUUCAGGACUCAAGUGGUGGUAACAUUCCUAAACAGCCAGUAGUUCGUUUCAAAAGGAACAAACAUCACAAAGGAUCAAUCUAUUGUGUGGCAUGGAGUCCCUGUGGACAAUUGUUGGCUACUGGUUCCAAUGACAAAUAUGUAAAAGUGCUUCCUUUCAAUGCAGAGACUUGUAAUGCGACAGGACCAGAUUUGGAAUUCAGCAUGCAUGAUGGAACUAUUAGAGAUCUAGCUUUUAUGGAAGGUCCAGAAAGCGGUGGGGCCAUUUUAAUAAGUGCUGGAGCUGGGGACUGUAAUAUUUACACAACGGACUGCCAGCGAGGGCAAGGUCUUCAUGCUUUGAGUGGCCAUACUGGUCACAUUUUAGCACUUUAUACAUGGAGUGGAUGGAUGAUAGCGUCUGGAUCUCAAGACAAGACUGUGAGAUUCUGGGAUCUUAGAGUACCGAGUUGUGUUCGGGUUGUUGGAACAACAUUUCAUGGAACUGGCAGUGCUGUGGCAUCAGUAGCUGUAGAUCCUAGUGGUCGUCUUCUUGCUACUGGCCAGGAGGACUCCAGUUGUAUGCUCUAUGACAUUCGUGGUGGGCGAAUGGUGCAGAGUUAUCAUCCUCAUUCCAGUGAUGUCCGUUCUGUUCGCUUCUCCCCUGGGGCUCAUUAUUUGCUCACAGGAUCUUACGAUAUGAAAAUUAAGGUGACAGACCUGCAAGGUGAUCUUACUAAACAGCUUCCAAUAAUGGUGGUAGGAGAACAUAAGGACAAAGUGAUUCAGUGCAGGUGGCAUACCCAAGAUCUUUCUUUCUUGUCAUCUUCUGCAGACAGAACUGUAAGACUCUGGACCUAUAAUGGCUAAAGUGUAGUUUUUAAAAGCAACCUAUGCAGAUUAAGCACAGACAUACAAGACUAUCGG